UAGUUAUAAAACGCACCUUGGAGGUGCGGUUUGAUAAAAAUGGUGCUAUUUUUUAAAUGUUGUGGGCUGGUUGCUAUUUUUGUAAAAAAAAUUUAAUAGGUGCUAUUAUUGGAAAAAUCUCGGGUUAUUUUGGGUCGAGUUAUUUGAGAAUAACUCAAAAACAAGUUAUUACAAAUAACUGGGGGGAGGGGUGUUAUUUUGAAAUAAUUCAUCCAACCCACUUUUCAACCACUUUUAUCCCUCGCCUCUCUCCUCUCACCUUCCUUUUUCUUUUUACUGUGAAUCCUUCUGUUCUUCUAGCUUGAAACAAAAUCGAUUGAGUUUUGGACGAUUUUCCUGCUACCUUCGGAUUCUUUGCACCAUGCAGAUCAGAUUGAGUAGUGGGAAGCUCCAGUUGCGACGAACAGAGACUCACCCGGCGGCGUCGACGGCGACGAACAGAGAGGACAAAGAGUCGAUCGUUGUUCUGGGAGAUCGAUCUCUGACAUCUUCAAUGGGGGGAUUGACGAACUUAAGAGGAGGUGGGAGGAGAGAGGGAGAGAGGGAAGGCGCGUCGGUGGCUCAAUGGCAGAGGGCAGACGACAGCGAUGCAUGUACGAGCAGUGAUGAGGCCGGCGGCGAGGCUGCAUGUACGAUGGAGAGCGACGAUGAGGGAAAGCAGGCUGUUGAUUAAUUUUUGGUCUUUCUUAGUUCAGAAAGUUUCCAAUCUUGUUUUUGGAUUCUCAAAUUGAAGUGAGUUAAGUCUGAUUUCUGUAAUUGAUGCUUUAAAUUCGGCCGACGUUUGAAUUGAGUUGAGAUUGAUUUUUGUAAUUGAAGCUUUACCCAACAAGGUAGAGCCGGUGGAGGAAAGGAACUGGUUUUUUUAUAAACCUCCUCAAGCAGAGUCCUCUGCCAAAUUUCUAGAAAUUGGGAUGUAGAAGAAGGGCAAUGAUGUUUCUGAAACAAAAUAUAAGGAGGGUGAUAAAGUAAUUUUUGUUCU